CCCCAAUCGAGGGGCGGGGUCUGCGGGGCGGCGCGAUGACGUCACGAGCAAGGCGUGGUCCGAGCCCUCACUCACUUCCGGUCCCGGUGCCGGCGAUGCCGAAGGCGGCGCGGCCGCGGCCGGCCGAGCGCUACCGGCUGCAGUACCGGCGUCUGCGCCGCGCCGCCCGCGCCCUGGUCUUCGAGAACGGCGCCCUGUGCGACGAGGUGGCCCGGCUGGAGGCCAAGUGGCUGCGGGCCCGCCAGGAGCGGAGGUUCCUCCUCGCCCGACUCCUCCGGCUCCGCGCCGGGGACCCCCCCCCGGGGGACCCCCCGGCCGAGGAGGGGGUUGGGGGGGGGACGCGCCGGCGCCAGGGACGCGCCAAGGGGGGCAGGGCGGGCGGGGGGAGGGCGGCGGGGGCGGCCAAAGAGGGGCAGUGGGACGGGUUGAGGUCAACGGGGUCAAGAGCGGUUGGGUCAAGAGAUGACUCGUGGCCAACUGGGACGAGACCAGUUGGGUCAAGAGAUGACUCGUGGCCAACUGGGACAAGACCAGUUGGGUCCAGGGAUGACUCGUGGCCGCGGGCGGGGGGGUCGAGGCCCCGCGACGGGGCCGCGCCGAGGCCGGACGUGCUGCGGGAAGGGUCGAGGCCGCCCCUGGAGGAGCGGGACGAGCCGAGGCCCGACGGGGUCCUGCCCACGAGGCCGCCCCCCGAGGACCCCUCGGUGCCCCCGGCCGCCCUCCUGGGGCCGUCGCCGCGGCGCCGGGGCUUCGGCCGCGCCGAGGAGGAGGAGGAGGACGAGGACGACGACAACGAGGACGACGACGACGAGGAGGAGGAUGAGGAUGAAGACGAUGAAGAGGAGGAGGAAGGAGGAGCCGCCCCGGCUUUCGGAUACGCCGACAUCUUCCUGGGCAGCCCCGCGGGCUCCGACGAGUGACCCCGCCCACCACAAGUGCCCCGCCCGCCCAAUAAACCCCGCCCACCCCCAUAAGUGGCCCCGCCCACCGCUGCCGCCAUGUUUUUCGGGGAGGGGGCGGAGUCACAACCAAA